CGCCCCUCUUUUUCUGCGACUGGCUGUUCGGCCGUGGGUCUCCGCCUCACAACCCUGCGCCUGCGCGUGGGCCUGGGCCGCCCCGUGUACCUGAUGGUAGGAGGCAGUAGUUACCCGCUUCCCUUUCGCGGGAGGGAGAGUGAGCUAGCCACCCAAGAAAACACCAUGAAAGAUACCGAUAUCAAGAGACUACUGUAUACCCAUCUUUUAUGCAUAUUUUCAAUUAUCCUAAGUGUCUUCAUCCCAUCACUCUUCUUGGAGAACUUCUCAAUAUUGGAAACACACUUGACAUGGUUGUGCAUCUGUUCUGGUUUUGUAACUGCUGUCAAUCUAGUACUAUAUUUAGUAGUGAAACCAAAUACAUCCUCUAAAAGAAGUUCAUUAUCACACAAGGGAACCAGAUUUUUGAAAUGCUGUAUCUACUUUCUUACGUCUUGUUUCUCCUUUCAUGUAAUUUUUAUUCUGUAUGGAGCACCACUAAUAGAGUUGGCAUUGGAAACAUUUUUAUUUGCACUUAUUUUGUCUGCUUUUACUACUGUGCCUUGCUUAUGUUUGUUAGGACCAAACCUCAAAGCAUGGCUAAGAGUUUUCAGUAGAAAUGGAGUUACAUCCAUAUGGGAGAAUAGUCUCCAGAUCACUACAAUUUCUAGUUUUGUAGGAGCAUGGCUUGGAGCACUUCCUAUUCCACUGGAUUGGGAAAGACCAUGGCAGAUGAGGAAACUGACACCUAGAGGGUAUGUAACAUUCCCAAGGUCACUGAACUUACAGUGAUGACUGUAUCUUUGUCUUAAUAUUAAUGACUUUGUAGUAUGCCAUUAUAUAGUUACUUUAAAACUUAUUUAACAAAUUCACUAUUGAUCAUUUAGAUUAUUGCCAGUAUUUUAUGAUAAUAAACACUGCUGUGAUAAAAUCUUUGAAUCUAUAGCUUCAUGAAUUUUUCUAAUUAGUUUCAUAGAGUAAUUACUCCCAAAAAGAAUUAUGGUAUUAAAAAAUAAAUGUGCUUUCUUUUUCCAACAUGAAGAGAAUUUUUUUCUG